AUGACUGAAAAACAGAAUACUAAUAUAAUAAAUAAAAGUUACUCUGUUCACAAAACACUUUGUCAACAACAAGUAGAUACCAGGAAUCUUCACAAAACACUUUGUCAACAACAAGUAGAUAUUAGGAAUCUUCACAAAACACUUUGUCAACAACAACAAGUAGAUAUUAGGAAUCUUCACAAAACACUUUGUCAACAACAACAAGUAGAUAUUAGGAAUCUUCACAAAACACUUUGUCAACAACAACAAGUAGAUAUUAGGAAUCUUCACAAAACACUUUGUCAACAACAACAAGUAGAUAUUAGGAAUCUUCACAAAACACUUUGUCAACAACAAGUAGAUCUUAGGAAUCUUCACAAAACACUUUGUCAACAACAAGUAGAUCUUAGGAAUCUUCACAAAACACUUUGUCAACAACAACAAGUAGAUAUUAGGAAUCUUCACAAAACACUUUGUCAACAACAACAAGUAGAUAUUAGGAAUCUUCACAAAACACUUUGUCAACAACAACAAGUAGAUAUUAGGAAUCGUCACAAAACACUUUGUCAACAACAAGUAGAUCUUAGGAAUUUUCACAAAACACUUUGUCAACAACAAGUAAAUAUUAGGAAUCGUCACAAAACACUUUGUCAACAACAAGUAGAUAUUAGGAAUCUUCACAAAACACUUUGUCAACAACAACAAGUAGAUAUUAGGAAUCUUCACAAAAUUCUUUGUCAGCAACAAGUAGAUAUGAGGAAUCUCCACAAAACACUUUGUCAACAACAACAAGUAGAUAUUAGGAAUCUUCACAAAACACUUUGUCAACAACAAGUAAAUAUUAGGAAUCGUCACAAAACACUUUGUCAACAACAACAAGUAGAUAUUAGGAAUCUUCACAAAACACUUUGUCAACAACAACAAGUAGAUAUUAGGAAUCUUCACAAAACACUUUGUCAACAACAACAAGUAGAUAUUAGGAAUCUUCACAAAACACUUUGUCAGCAACAACAAGUAGAUAUUAGGAAUCUUCACAAAACACUUUGUCAACAACAACAAAUAGGUAUUAGGAAUCUUCACAAUACACUUUGUCAACAACAAGUAGAUAUUAGGAAUCUUCACAAAACACUUUGUCAGCAACAAGUAGAUCUUAGGAAUCUUCACAAAAAACACUUUGUCAACAACAAGUAG